AUGUCCAGGGGACGCAAUCAAGCCCCUGUUGCUAUCCCCGAUAACCCAGUGUGGAUUACCUUCGAACGCUCAGAUUGCGCCGUUCCCAAUCCACCUCCCAAUACAGUGCGCAUCGUCGACGAGGAUGGCUGUAUAAAUUGGAUGAAGCAGCUGGAUUUAAACGACAAUCAUUCUAUCAAGUGGAGAGUACAAGUGGGACACCAAAUAGCGCUUGACAAGGGCAUUCCAAAUCCCGAAAGAGCGGUACUGAAGGACUGGCCAGCGAACUAUCGGUUUUACGAUCAUCACAAGGGCAUUGAGAACAAUCCUCGGCAUGAUAUCUAUCUCUAUGGUCGGUCUGGUCCUCUCUUCGUAGACAUCUCUGUAACCGUGUCUGUAUACACAGGUCCACCAGGCAAACGCUUUCGUUCGAUCAUGGAGUUUGUUCCUCACGCCAUAUGGCUGAUGCGCGACCCGCAGCUUGAUGUUAGCAACUGUGCCUGCAAAUACUGUACCAAGAGAGCCCAAAGGGACAUCAGCUCCGUCAUAUUUCAAGCCAACGCCCAAGCAACUUCUUCUACUCCCACUCCCGGCAAGGGAAGCGCCAGUGCACCAGUGAAAGGGACCUACGAACUACUGCUUCAAUCUAGAAACGCCUACGAGAAGAACGGCCCCAGGCCACGACGAGAGGCUCAGCCCAAGAAAGCGAGAGAACAGGCACAGAGGGUCUACGCAGCUGUCCAGAAGGUGCUGAGACCCGUCCCAAAAGCUUCCCCCAACGUCCUCCGUUACGCGCUACACUCCGAGGCGGACAACGAUCUCCGAGCAGUAUACUCGACCGCAGCAAACAAGAGGCAAGGGGUGGGUCCAUUCGACCCUGAGGAUUCUGUGCCCAAACCGUACUCUGGUUUGAAGAGGUGGUAUCGCACAGCAGAGAUCGUAUGGUGUCGACUCCCAGGCCGCGGAAUUGCCAUUCCCCAAGAAGUGGCGACCCAGGCCCGUUCGCAGUGGUUUGAAGACCAACAUGUAAUUGACUUUUGGCCCGGUAUCGUGGAGUCCGCGGAUGUAAAAAGCAAGGCUGUUCCUCCAAAACCCUCUUCUACAAUUAACGGUUCGACGACGACAAACGCACAAGACGUAGGAUCCAACGAUCAGUCUUCGAAUGGGCAAGCGCCAGCCUGGGAAGUAAAACAGCGUUGGGUUUACCGGAUCCGACUAUUGGCCGUGGACGCAUUUGUCGAUGUUGAAGAGCAAGAAGUCCUUCCCUACCUCGCUCACAAUGUCCCUCGAAUAUUGAUGACCACCAUCAGCCAACUCCCGAUGCAACUCUUGGACUUUGACAGGGACAGGGUAGCGGAAUUCCAUCCGAUCAACAUGGCGCAGCCGGGCAAGGGCAAAGAGAAGGCCACGGGCGAGCCACAGACCAUCUACGACGCUCUCUCCGCCUUUGCACUUGCUAUGCAAAUCACAGCCUCGGCAAGCUCGUUUUGGUCGCUGACAGACAUGUACGAGUUCCGAUACAUUCCCAAUGACGCGAAAUCCCCGUCACCCAAAGCCCCUCCUCUCCCAACGCGACCAACGAUCCCACCCGCUUUGUCAGCGACUCCUCCCAGGCCCGGGGCGUCCCAGGGCAUGUCUUUAGGGUCUGCCAUCGAGGCUGCGGGUCGAGCAAACGCGGAAGCUGCAAAGGUCGAUUAUUACACACACCAUGACAUCUCUCGUGUAACGCCGAGUGCGACACCCAAGGAUGUUCAGCAAGCGGCCAUUGGUGCGCUGGGUACUCCAGGGUAUCUUGGACUCUCACCGAGACGACAUGGGCCUUCUGUCGUCCCUUCCGCAAGCGCACCCGUUGGGUCCAAGCCCGCCUCAACUGAAGGGGCGCUUCAAACCCGUUUCCAGGGUCUCUGGUGGGGUCCAGAAAGGAUUUGGCAACACGAUUUUGUCAGACUGCAGAUGAGCAGAGGUGCUUUGGCACCCAAUGGCGCGCCCAAUGUCCUUAAACCCAGUGGGCCUGGCAAAAGCACGCGGGCGAUUUGGGACGAGGCGGAGAGUCUUAGGGAGAAGGGUUCCGAUGAGGCGAUCCUCCGACAGUUACCAAAAAUUCUUGACGAGCUUGGGGCAGUGACGAGAGGUACCUUCAUGAGGAUUGACGCGCUCUUUGCGGUGGAUGUGCAAAAAGAUGGAAAGAUGAAGAAGGAAAUGAGGGCAAGCGGGAUGCUGUACGAACUGGCGGAUCACGAUUUUGAGGAAGAUGACGGUGCAUCCAAGUCUAAAGGGAAGGAGGCAGAGCAACGGUUUGUCGUCAACGAGUCGCUGUUGCCUUCAACGCCUACCAAGAUUAAUGCAACCGCGAGUCAGCCUUCAGCCAGCCAAAAAGCAACGCCACCACCACCACUGCCAACACGGAAACCUCCCCAACCCGCUCCCUCGACGCCGUAUCUUGUUCCGCAACCACCUCACAAGUAUAAAUUCAGACCCAUCCUACCACCGGGGUACGAGGCGGUCAUCAGCCUUUCGUUGAUUGCGGGACGGUAUUAUCCUUCCAUUUGCUGCCACCCUUUGAUCGCCAAAUCCUUGCACGACUCACUGGCUUCGGGACGGAGUCGAGAAGACUUUAAAAACCUGUGGUCAUUGGAAGGUCUUUACCCCGGUCAUGAAAACGCCAGCAGCCCCGAGAUCUACAAGAAAAAUCGAACGGCUAUGAUUGAAGACGCGGACAACCUUGCAACGGAGCAGCUUACCGACUUUAGGGAGGGGAAGAUCCGUGAACGGGAAGAAGCAAUCGCCCGUGCAACCGUUUUGACGAUGCAGCCUCGAGGUUCGGGUGGAGAUGUUGAGAUGGAUGAGGAUUCGGCAGACGAAUUGAACUACCCUUCUGCUGGUGACAUGGACGUCGACUAG